AUGAUUAUUAAUCGAUGGAGAUAUGGUUCUCGCGUUCGAGCUAAUUUUCGACAAACAACUGGUGAUAAUAAAGAUGUACAGCUAAAUAUUAUUUAUCUUUCACAUUUUAUUCAUUUACCGAAUGCCAAAAUAUUGGAAUUUCAAUCAAGGUUUCCUAUUGAUCGAUGGAAAGAUGUUGAAUUUAUCCUACAAGCAUAUUCAAAUGUAAUUAAUUUUAUAAUUGUUACUCCAUUUUUAGUUUUAUCAAAAUUUCAUGAUAAUUUAUCUCUUAUGUCCGUGUUAUUAACAAAUUACGAUGAUCAAAUCAAUAACUGA